CUCUCUCCACUCGCCGCCUCGGCCCGCCCUGCCCGCACACACCACCUGUCCCCGCCCCGCUCCGCUCCGCUCCCGAGGCUUAGGGCUCCGGCCGCGCUCCCUUCCCCUCCCCGCAUUCCCGAUCUCGCCGCCGCCCGCCUGGCCUAGGCCUCGAUCGCCCUCCCCUCUCGCGUUCCGUCCGUGCCGGGUUGUCUCGCCGCAGGUGUGCCUUGCCCCGCCGCGAUGGUGUCGGGCGGGUGCGUGGGGGCGGAGGUGGAGGUGGACCCGGAGGCGGCCGCGGCUGCGGCGGCGGCGGAGAGGGACGAGGCGGUGGCUCCGGCGCCCGCGAGGGAGCUCGUGGUGGGGUACGCGCUCACGUCGAAGAAGGCCAAGAGCUUCCUCCAGCCCAAGCUCCGGGGGCUCGCCAGGAAAAAAGGAAUCUUAUUUGUCGCUAUUGAUCACAAACGUCCAUUGUCCGAUCAAGGUCCAUUUGACAUUGUUCUUCAUAAGUUGACUGGAAAGGGCUGGCAGCAAUUGCUGGAGGAAUAUAGGGAAACACACCCAGAAGUUACUGUUCUUGAUCCGCCUGGUGCAAUAGCUCAUUUGCUCGAUCGCCAGUCCAUGCUUCAAGAAGUUUCUGAAUUGGACCUCACAGAUCGCUACGGUAAAGUACGUGUUCCUAAGCAGCUAUUUGUUAAUACAGAUGCCUUGUCAAUACCAGCUGCAGUUACUACGGCUGGGCUCUCCCUUCCAUUAGUGGCGAAACCCUUGGUGGCAAAAUCUCAUGAGCUCUCUCUUGCUUAUGAUCCAACUUCAUUGACCAAGCUUGAGCCCCCCUUGGUUCUUCAGGAGUUUGUUAACCAUGGUGGCGUCAUGUUUAAGGUCUACAUUGUAGGGGAUGCAAUAAGGGUUGUGCGUCGGUUUUCACUUCCUAAUGUUGAUGAAGGUGAUCUAUCAAAUAAUGCUGGGGUGUUUCGGUUUCCACGGGUCUCUUGUGCUGCAGCCAGUGCAGAUGAUGCAGAUCUUGACCCUUGUGUUGCUGAACUUCCUCCAAGACCGUUGCUCGAGAUAUUGGCACGAGAGCUGCGCCGACGACUGGGUCUUAGAUUGUUCAACAUCGAUAUGAUCAGAGAGCAUGGAACAAGAGAUCGGUUUUAUGUUAUAGACAUGAACUAUUUCCCUGCUUUUAGAAACAGUUUGGAGUUCAAAGACUGGCUAGAACUCGGCACAUUGAAGUUAUGCCUGCUCAGCAUGUAUUCUUGGUAUGGCAAAAUGCCUGGGUACGAGCAUGUGUUCACCGACUUUCUGCUGAGUCUUUCCCAGAAAGAGUACAAGCGUCGACCAAGCUAUAGCUCAGGCGAAUGGUGAAUGCGGAAGAAGCUGUUUGCCGGGUCCCAGUGAUGAUAUGUCUAGCAUCCGCAGUGCGUGCGUACAGAUGUGCUUCCUCCAUCUAUGGGAGAUGAGAUGAUGGGGGUAGUAGAGUUGGGCAUCAGUAGUCGCGAUAAGAGCAGCGAGGACUGUUGUCAGGCUGUAAUUAACUUGUUGCUUCACAUUUGCUAACUGUUUAUGUCCUAGAAUAAUUUUGUUUCGCUCAGGCUCAGUGAAAUGGCUGAUGAAGUAGAGCUACUUGUAAAACUCGCGGCUUGAAUCUGGAAAAUAAACGUGGGUAAUCUGCAUGAACU